CGUUAUGAAUACGACUAUAAGUUUAACGUCAGAAGGAUUUAACAAUGCUGAUUCAGAGACUGAAUUUCUCUUGUACACGGAAAAACAAUUGUUUGAAAAAUAUGGAAAAGUUAAAGAAGAAAUCAAAUGGAAAGAAAAGAUUAGAAUAGUUGCGAAAGAAAAAUGUACAUGUUCGGCGCAACGCUUAAAGAAGUUCGUAUUUUCAGUUUUACCAAUUUUACAAUGGAUUCCUAAAUAUAAUCCACGAAAACUAUUGUUUGGAGAUAUUGCUGCUGGAAUAACAGUCGGGAUAGUGCAUCUACCUCAAGGAAUGGCUUACGGACUACUUGCUUCAUUGCCGGCUGUAACUGGACUCUACGUUUCAUUCUUUCCUGUUUUGAUUUAUAUUCUUCUGGGUACAAGCAAGCAUGUAUCAAUUGGAACAUUUGCUGUGGUCAGUCUUAUGAUAGCGCAAGUGAUUAAUAAUCACGUGACCCCUUGCCCGGAUGUGGGUAGUAAUUCGACGGCAUAUUCUCCUACUUCAUUCAAUCUUAGUUCUACCACUGUAACAUAUGAUAUGGUGACGACAUCGUCCGCUUCUGUCUCAUGUGAAGCUGCGUUGGCUAAACGUAAAAUGCAAAUUGCGGUUGCACUCGCAUUGGUCUGUGGAAUAAUACAGGUGGCGAUGUCAAUAUUUCGACUUGGGAUUAUUACUAUAUAUUUAUCAGAAUUUCUUAUUUCUGGCUUCACGUGCGGGGCAGCGUUUCACGUUUUAACAUCACAAGUGCCAAAGUUAAUAGGAAUUACUGUAUCUCGACAUUCAGGGCCUCUUGCAUUAAUUUAUACGUAUAUAGAUAUUUUUAAAGAGAUUAUUAAAAUAAACUGGGCAACAACUGUUGUGUCCAUUUGUUGCAUUGCACUGCUCAUCGCAGGAAAAAUAAUCAACGAAAAGUUUCAUGAUCGUUUACCCAUUCCUUUACCUUGGGAAUUAGCGAUUGUCGUGUUUUCUACGAUCGCAUCAUACUUUGGAUACUUCAAUAAAAAUCACGGAGUACAAAUUGUUGGAAAUAUUCCCACGGGAAUUGAAACUUCUAUUCCACAAGCGAGUGACAUCGGUUUAGUAUUUUUAGAAGCAAUUCCAAUUGCAAUUGUCGCGUUUGCUAUUGAAAUUUCAUUGUGCCAAAUGUUUGCAACUAAGCAUUCAUAUAAAGUCGACUCAGAUCAGGAAUUAUUAGCCAUUGGAGUUGGGAAUAUAUUUGGUUCGUUUUUCUCUUGUUUUCCUUCGGCAGCUUCUUUGUCAAGGUCGGUGAUAUGGGAUGAAGUUGGCGCCCAUACACAGAUCACGGGGAUAUUUUCAUCUAUAUUAAUUUUGAUUAUUCUACUGUGGAUCGGUCCGCUGUUUGAAUCGUUACCACAAGCAGCACUUGCCGCCAUCAUCGUAGUCAAUCUCAAAGGUCUGUUGAAGCAGUUUGAAAAGAUACCGGCGUUAUGGAGAGUGAACAAACUCGACGCUUUGACAUGGGUUGUCACAUGGCUUGCUGUAAUUCUUCUGGGUGUAUCUCUCGGACUUGGCGUUGCUGUUGCAUUUGGAAUGUUUACUAUCGUUCUUAAAACUCAAAUUGUGAAAGGAUCAGUUCUUGGUGUCGUUGGAUCCGGGGAAUAUCGAGACGUUGAUAAAUACAAGACAAUGAACGAUGAAAAUUCUAACAUUAUUGUAUUUCGUUAUCCAGCACCUAUUAUUUAUGCUAACAGAGAAAGUUUCAAACGCCAGGUAACCCAUUCCCUCGGAUUUGAUCCAGUGUUGGAGGCUAGCAGAACGAAAAAAAAGAAAAAAGAAACUGGAACUCUUGUGGGUGACAAAAAUGGGGCGAUUCCAAACUAUUCAGCAGCCAGAAACAGUAACCGAGAUCCCGAAAAUGGACUUCCUGGUUCACCCGGAAACAAUUCGAACUCUUCCCUCAACAAAGCAACGCCAACAGAGGCCAAUAUUACAAACGGGUAUACAGCAGGGAGAAAAAUUCCCGUUCAAAGGUUAUCGAGUGAUCAGGGAUUAAUGGGACAUGAAACCGACACUUCUUCAAAAAAGAUUACUCAUUUCGUCUUGGACAUGAGUUCUUGUCCAUUUAUUGAUAACGAUGGUGCCAAAACGAUAAAAGCAAUACACCUAUCGUUUCUACAACUCGGUGUUAAAUUCUUCAUAUCCUGCCCUAACGCCGAAAUUCGACGAAUAAUCACUGUAGUAUGCGAAGAGAAGAUGCCACUUUUCUUCGUUUCACUAAAGAAAGCAACAGAAGUCGCGCGAGGUGAUGUUGUUGUGGAAUUUGAUGACGCUGGGGACGUUAUACCAACAAAUACAGGCGACGACGAGACAAACUUAUAACAGGACAUACGGUGACCGUGUGACAAUCGGUCGUCAUACAGCAAGAGCAGAUUUAAGAGAUGAAUCGUGACAACCAUACCAGCCACACGUGGAAGAAGAUAUAUGUAUUGCAUCGGCGAAAGCAUACAGCAAACUUUCAGUGCUGAUAACCCACUACAGAAAGCUAUAUAACUCAAGGAGAGAAAGGCCGAUAACAGAACCGUCAAGCCUGAGAAGAAGCCUUGCUGCGUAUGAUAAGAUUUAUAUAUUCAUACCGGUAAGAGAGGAA